AUGGAUCCCCUACGAUUGCUGACGAGAUCGACCAAAUUUGCAAAGAAAAGCACGGCGAACACACCAUCCUCAGGUCCUGCAUUGAAUCCGCAACUCUUCGACCAUGGCAACGACUCUCAAGCCGCAAACCGCAAACGCAAGAGAGGGAGCGAGACGGUGACGGCUAGCCUGGACUUCUUCGGUGGCGGCGCAUCGGCCAAGGAAAGAGACGUUGAACAGCAAGAGCAGGACGCUUCGGAAGAGCAACCAAGGCUGCCGCAAGAACAAGCAGCAGCGGCCGUCGCAAUGAGCACCGAAGAAUGCAAGCAGCUGCUUGGACGCCACAAGGUCAAGGUCACUCUGUUUAGCAAGGCCAGCGAGGCACCCGCAAAGAAGAAAAAGAAGGACAAGGCCGACAAGCACACCAAAGCGUCUCAGACCUCGGGCGACCACGCGACACCACUGUAUCCCAUCCCCGUCAGUGACUUUGGCAGCCUGGCCCCGAGAUACCGCAUCUCAAAGGCCCUUCUCCGGAAUAUCAAGGACAAUGGCUACAGCACCACGACCGAAGUCCAACUCGCCGCACUGCCUCUCUUGCUCGAUUCGCGCCCACGCUUGGCCGCAUGGGAANCACGAAAAGACCAAGAACAAGCACCUGUGCUGGAUGUCGAUCUUCUGAGCAUUGCCCCGACAGGCAGUGGAAAGACUUUGGCCUUCAUGAUUCCGCUCAUCCAUGCUCUGGUCCUCGCACGUCGCUCUCAACCACAGUCCGGUCCUCAGGCUAUAAUACUCGCCCCGACAAAAGAACUCGCCAGUCAGAUUGCCAACGAAGGCAGAAAGCUGGCUCUAAACACUGCUAUACGUAUCACAAAUGUGCGCAAGGGCAUGCACCUCGGUUUCGACCACUCGCCCGAUACAGACGCCCCUGAGAAGGACGUACCUCCUGUCAAGGCUGAUAUUCUUGUCUCGACUCCAGCUGCCCUGAAAAACGCAAUUGGAGAUGCAACCGCUAGCUCACAAGCAUUGUCCCAUAUUCGCUUCCUUGUCCUCGACGAGGCUGAUGUUCUGCUGGACCCCUUGUUCCGCGAUCAGACCCUGGCUGUAUGGAAUGCCUUGUCGAACCCCAAUCUCCGUCUUGGCUUCUGGUCUGCUACCAUGGGGUCCAACAUUGAGGAGCUCGUCAAGGCCACCAUCAAGAGUCGCGCUGAGAGGCUAUCUGAGACCAACUCUGAGCCUGUCGAGAUCGCGCCCUUUGUACGUCUUGUCGUUGGCCUCAAGGACUCGGCUGUGCCCAACAUCGACCAUCGUCUGGUUUACGCUGCCACCGAGCAAGGUAAGCUCAUGGCUCUGCGCCAGCUCUUGCAUCCUACUUCGACCGGCGUCGACAAGCAGCCCAUCGUCCGCGCCCCCUUCCUCAUCUUCACCCAAACCAUAGAGCGUGCAGUGGCCCUGCACUCCGAACUUCUCUACGAUAUCCCCGCCGAAGCAGGCGGCAUCUCACGCAUCGCUGUUCUGCAUUCGGAUCUCUCCGACACUGCUCGUGACCAUGUAAUGACUCGCUUCCGCAAGGGUGAGGUCUGGAUUCUCAUCACUACCGACCUCUUGUCUCGAGGUGUCGAUUUCCGUGGCAUCAACGCUGUCAUCAACUACGAUGCACCGACGUCUGCCGCAGCUUACGUCCAUCGUGUUGGUCGUACGGGCCGUGCUGGCAGAGAAGGCGGUGUAGCUUUGACUUACUACACAGACGACGAUGUCGCGUCCAUCAAGACAGUUGCCAACAUCAUUGUUGCCAGUCAGAAGCAAAGGGGAGCAGCAGGCGGCACAACAAACAUUCAACAAUGGUUGCUGGACGCUCUACCAACCCCUAGCAAACGCGACAAGCAGCAGCUCAAGAAACGCGGUAUCGAAACCAGGAGAUCUGCUUCUGGCAAGGAUUCCAAGACUGGCAAGCCAAAAGCCCGUAUCAGUACAAAGAGCGGUUAUAUUCGAAAGCUCGAGAACAACAGGAAGGGCGCAGUCGCAGCGAGUAAGAACCCGCAAGAAUCGGGAGAUGCGUCAGACUCUGGUGAGAGCUUUGGCGGAUUUGAAGAAUAA